CACACGCUCAACAUUAUUACUUCCGCAAACGCCGAGAGAAGAAGAAGAAGAAGAAUCCGGAGGAGAAGCGAAAGCCCAGCGAGCGGAAGAAACCUCGGGGACGAAGUCAACAGUUUCUGGUUUACAAGGAGCAUGGAGGGUUCCAGUUUGAGAGAUCGGGUAGAUGAGGAACUUGUCUUGAAGACAGGCAAGGCUGCAGGCAUUGGUUUAGCUGCUGGCAGUGUUUGGGGUGGGCUGGUUUCUAUGCUGCGUGAUGGACCCCAGGUUGGCAGUAAUGUGAAGUAUCCUGAGCUGGUUAGAACUGGCAAGGUGUGUGGACAUUAUGCAGGACACCUUGCAGCUCUCGGGGCUACAUAUGUAUGCGUAGAGCAGUCUCUUGAAAAGUACAGGAAGAAGAAGGACUACCUUAAUGGUGCUGUAGCUGGUUUUGCUGCUGGCGCUACUGUUUUGGGCUUCAGAGCCCGGAGAUUCCCAACAGCCAUCGUGUCAGGUUCUGCGCUAGCUUUGACUUCUGUGCUCCUGGAUGUGACUGGAAUGAGAACUACAGAGGAAGAAGAAAAAGGCCAGCACUAAGUCAAUGUAUUGUCCCGACGAGAUGUAUCUACAACUUCACUCAAAGCAGUCCAUUUUUCCGUUCCAGGCGUAUCUACAAUACCGGAGGAGUUUCUUUUGAAUGCAAUCUGUUCAUAGUAGAGGUAGUAAGGGAUAUAUAGCACUAUGUGGUAGUUGGUACUGAUCUGAAUUCAUGUUUGUGAGAUUCUUUCGGCAUUUUGUCCACGCUUUAGUAGCCGCUAAAGUUCGAAUUGUAAAUGGAGGUUGGGGUUGAAAUCGUUGGAAUCUAAUCUUGUCAUACCAAAUUGUGUGACUUGACUGUUUGAAUACGACAUGUUCUACACCUCUGUGGUGGAUUCUUACUUUCAUCAGUGUUAUUAUGGCUUGA